GACCCACGGACACGGGUAGAAGGACACACGUGUGGCUCUUCCCUGCGAUCAUCCCCGUGUGUGAGUUAGAGGGAGAAGUUGUCCUCCGUGUCUCCUCUGCGGAUGUUGCAGGGCUCUCUCUCUCACACAGAGGAUCGGUUAUGUGAUGGUGUUGGAGCGGAGCCCGGAGAGCUUUCCUCCUCCAGGGAAGUGGGGUAAUGAUGAGGAGCAGGUUUCUGACCGGGAACUUGGGCUCUUUCUCACAGACGACGCUCCGUGGGGGAAUAAGGAGUUACCGCUUUCACUAAGGGAUUAAAUACUUGUUUGAUUUGCUGCUGAAUUAUUCCAAUUCUUCUGGUUUUCUCGUUGAAAUGUGGUUUUAAUUAUGUUGGAGCUCACCUUCGGAUUGUACAUGUUGGCUGGCUGAUGCAGCGGAUUGCUCUCCUUCUCUGCCCAUAUUUGGAGUUACUGAGUUAACAGGAAUCAACACAUCCAGGUCAAAUGACCGUCUAAUGUCCCUGCUGAGUGUGACGAGCAUUUCUGUGACAUGGAUAAAACGGGACUUUACAGUAUCCUUUAUUACUUCAUUCUCAAUUCGCCCUUUGUGGUUUGUGCAAAUGCUGCAUUUACUGAAGUCCCUAAAGAUGUAAGUGUGGGGGAAGGAGAGGAUGUGGAAAUGCCCUGUGCUUUCAAGGCUGUCAGCUCAGCACCCAUGUCUUUGGAGAUCCAGUGGUGGUACCUGAAGGAGGAUGUGCCUCAAGAACUUCCUCAUGAGCUGCAGAUCAGUGCACCAGCCAACAGAGCCAAGGCCAUUCCAAGGGAAGCCACAAAAAUAAGUACUGUACGUGUUCAGGGCAAUGCCAUCUCCCACCGCCUCAGCCUGUCCAAGGUGAAAAAGGAAGAUGAGGGGGUGUAUGAGUGCCGCGUGUCUGACCUGUGGGCUGACGAGACUCAGGAAUUUACGGUUCACGCGAUGCUGCACGUCACACUGGGUGACAGCAUGGUUGCCGAGGAAGCUGUGUCGCACAUCCAGAACCGUUGGCCUCUGAGGAAUACCAAUGCAGUGCUCGGAGGGGGUGGAGCAGGGAGGGCCACCUCAGAGCCCAGCCAGGGGCUGACAGCAGGUCAGAGGUUAGGGCAGGGGAAGCACCAGGUGCCACAGCAGGCACAGCCUGGCCUCCUCCCGUCCAUCUCCUCCACCACCACCUCAGUGGCCAAGUCGUCAGCUUCACCGCUGCCAGGGAACGCAGCCAUCCUCCGGCAGCAGCUCGGUGCUGGCUGUGGUGUAAUGAGAACCAUGGACCCCCUCCUCUGCAUUACUCUCCUGUUCCUGCAUAAAAUCCUUCCCUUCCUUUUGGCCCACUGAAGAGACUUCAACCUAAUUAUGUUGACCUGCAACAUUCUCACUUUCUAAACCAAAAACAACACAAUAACAAGCAGCAGUCAGUGCCCACCAGGGGAGAAAGGGUCACAUUAUGCCGUUGCAACAAAUCACUGCAGGGAGUGAAAGCAAUGCAAAAAAGGCAGAAGAGACUGGAGAAAGCAGGGGGACGCUCCUCUGACUUGAAACGGAGAUGAAAGCUACAUGACUUUUGAAGGCACAGCAAGGUUUGGAGAAUAGAAAUGUGUUUACAGUGAAUGGAGCAUCACUACUGAUCCACACAGCCUGUACAGUGUGGCCACAUGAAGCGCUGCCUCUACUCUGCACCUCCUUCAUGCAUGGGCCUCCUCAAACACUCCACACUCAGAUUUCUUUUGCAGCAUUUCCACUGUGAAUUCUGUUCAUCCGACAUCACAGAUCACUUCAGUGUUAGUCCUACUUCACUGCAAAAAAGAUGUGUCUAAAAACAAGAUAAAAACACUAAAUCUGAG